CAAUGAAUAGAAGAGAUGGCGACAAUCUUGGGCAAUUGCAGGAACCAAUUCCCGACUUCUUUCGAUGCCCCUGAAGGCAAUGAUACCGUCGCUCUUGAUCUGGGGAGCAUGGGAAAGGGCCAGGCUUGGGUAAAUGGUCAUGGCAUUGGAAGGUUCUGGUCAUUGGUAGCCCCUAAAACUGGAUGUCCCAGAAGUUGCAACUAUCGUGGAGCUUAUAAUGAAGACAAGUGCACAACAAACUGUGGGGAGCCAACUCAAACCCGGUAUCACUACCUUCCUACAAUUACAUAUUUGAUUUUUGGAAGGUUCUGGUCAUUGAUAGGGUUUAUCAUACGAGCACUUCUGAAUCCUCAGUUGUAAUUUCUUUACAUCAAGGAUACUUCUCUUCUCACAUGCUAUUCAGUUUGCAACUCUUUGUAUUUUUCUUAUUAACAUUUCUCUUGGUAUAUUAAAGAUCAAAUUGACUAUGUAAUUGUCAGUUGUACCUGCAUUUGAGAAGAUAAUGGAAUUGUUACUUAUUUGCUCUGA